AUGUGUAAUAAUAUUUCUAAUGAUGGAGUAGUUGAUAAUAUUCACAAGAACGAAUAUUUUGAUAAUGUUUGUCAAGUAGCUAUUUAUUAUUUAUCUCAUUUAUAUAAUAAAUAUAGAUAUAACAAUGACGACAUGAAUGAAGGAUGUAAAUAUUUAUACUAUGCUAUAUAUAAUAAUAUACUGGAAAAAAAAUAUAAAAACUAUGAUGAAUUAUUUAAAUUCUACAAAAGUAUAUUAAUAGAACACAAUAAUCAUGAUGAAUGGGAUUCCAAUAAAAUUUAUAUUAAUAAGAUUGAGAGAGACAUACUUGAAAAAAACAAUAAUUUAAUAGAAAUUUAUGAUUAUUUUGAUAAUUUUAAGGAUAGUAUAACGAAUAAAAUUGGGAUACCUUGUGAAUAUGCUGAAAAUUGGAUUGAAAAAUAUAAUAAAAGGUGUAUGGAAAAUGUAGAAUCUAAAGAAGAAUCUUCCUGUUUAAAAAUAAUACAAUUUAAAGAAAAAUAUUAUAAACAUAUGGAGAAUUAUUUCCCCUGUGACAACCUACAAAGAUAUUUUCCGUAUAUCGGAAAGAACAAUCAGAAGUUUAUUUUUUUAAUUCCAAUUAUUCUAAUAACAUUAAAGUUAUCUAUUUUAUAUAUAAUAUAUAACGUUAGAUCAUGUAUAAACCCUAAAAAAAUGAAGAAAAAAAGAUCCAUUUAUGAUUUAUUACAGGAAUCCCAAAAUAGAGAAAAUGAUUCGAAUAGGAGGCCAUACAAUAUCGCCUAUAGUUUGUGA